AUGGCGAACUGGGCAGAGUUGCCCAUCGAUCUGAUUACUGAGAUUGCAAAGCGUGUUAAAGUAAUUGAAGAUUUUAUUAUUUUUGGUGCCGUUUGUACCUCAUGGCGAACUGCUGCUUCAAAGCAAAAUUUUGAUGUGCUUUCGCCCCAAGUCCCAUUGCUUAUGUUGGGUGCCAAAGAUGACGAUUAUCGAGAAUUUUACUCUCUUUCCAAGAAGAAAGUUUCACGCAUAUUUCUCCCGGAAGCUAGAGGACGAGAGUGUUUACCAUCCGUGGGAUGGCUUUGCACCGUGGCAAAUAAUACGGGGGAGAUGAACUUGUUGCAUCCUUUUUCUCGAAUAAAAAUACAGCUUUCCUCCCGAAAAGAUUUACUGUCUUUUCAUGGUCUCGACUAUCUCGAAAGAGCACGUGAAGGAAAGCGUUGGCACUGCAUAGACAAAGCUAUCUUAUCUGCAAAUCCAUCUCUUACAUUAGAUUAUACGUUGUUGGUGCACUAUUAUGGAGGAGGUUCUUCUUUGGCUUUUUGGCGACCCGGAGAUCUUAAUUGGACAGAGAUUGAUGUUGUUACUGAUGGUGGAGUCUGCAAUAUGAUUUUUUGUAAGGGCCAAUUUUAUUUCGUGAGUUACUGUGGCGAAGUAUGGGCUUAUGAUAUUGCAGGGCCUAGCAUUACUCAACCAAGUGUACAAACACGCUUGCUUGCUGAGCUUGAAGAUGAUAUGUUUAAACCGCCUUCAAUUCAGUUCUACCUAGUUGAGUUAUCUGGUGCACUAUUACUUGCUACUCGAUAUGCAAUCAAAAGCAUACGUGAGGAUCCAAAUGGUACUUUUAAGAGCUUUAAAUUUAAAAUAUCUGAAUUAGAUAUAACCAAAGGUAAAUUCAAGGACGAGGAUAUUAAAACCUUGGGAGAUUCAUCAAUUUUUUUGGGUCGCAAUGGAGCAAGUUGCAUUGAAGAAAUAAAAAUUAUUGCACGUUAA